GCGCAGUAGAGCACUGCGUUCACAGAGGUUCACUCAGAUGCCAGACUCGGAGUGAGAUACCAAGAACAGAGGUUUGGACAAACCAGCCCCUCAUUCAGAAAUGGAGAUUUUUUUAAAGAUUGGCCAGUAGACCUUGGUUCUUUUUUUUUUUUUGCAAGCGCUGAGAGCAAGUGAACUGCAGCUGUCCGUUCCUGCCAUUCCUCCUCAAAACCGACUUCUAUGCACACAAAGCUUUCAGUAUGUACCAGAUCGUACCGGUGGCUCCUGGGGAGCAGCAGGCGGCCGGGGGAGCGGGGGGCUCUCCACUUAAGAAGAAGCUGGCUCAUGAAGGUCGCCCACUGGUGAUUGCAAGUAUACUGGGUUUCAUGCUGGUCCUGUCGGCCGUGGUCUCCUGGUGCUACUACUUGGUGUCUCUCCGCAAAGCCCAGCUGCUGAAGACGGAGUUGUUAGACCUCAACAAGGGUGGCUUUAUCAUCCGCAACCAGGCAGGAUUUGUCAUCUUCACUAUGACUUUCAGAUCUGGCACUCUGGAUCUUGACUCCUGCUCGAAGGAAGGGAAUAUUUUGAGCUGCACUCAGUCCGAUUCUGGCAAGCUCAACUUCUUCAUCGAGACGGUUCGACUAAAGAGCACAGUGAUGUGCUACCGAGUUCGCUGGGAGGAGCUGCAAAAUAAGCACCCGGUAGAGCACGCAAUGACCUAUAACGAAUCUCACUGGUACGGAGGAGCGGAGAUGGCAACGCAGUAUUGGCCCAACAGGAUCCAAGGCGAAGUGGAACCGCAGCCUUUCAUCACCAGCGAUGUCUACUCCAAUCGAAACGCUUUUGGGGGAAUCCUGGAACGAUACUGGCUGUCGUCGAAUGCAACCGCAAUCAAGAUUAACGACUCUGUGCCGUUUCAUUUGGGCUGGUCACAGAGGGACGGGACGCUGAGGUUCCAGGCCCGGUACCAGGACUCACCCUUUAGACCACAAGAGCGACGACAGGCCUUACUUGAACUCAGCUACAGAGUCUGCGUGGGCUCAGAUGUUACCUCUAUUCACAAAUACAUGGUGCGUCGGUAUUUUCCAAAGCCCAUCAAAGUCCCAUCUCCUGAUUUGUUCAAGCAACCAGUGUGGUCCACAUGGGCGCUCUACAAGACGGCCGUAACUCAGGAGAAGCUCCUGCACUACGCCUCUAACAUCACCAUGCAUGGCUUCACGUGCUCCCAUCUGGAGCUGGACGACCGCUACACUGCCGACUAUGGAGAGUUUGACUUUGACCCGCAGAAGUUCCCCAAUGCCAGCGGCAUGUUUGACAAACUCAGAGAGGACGGGUUUCAGGUGACGCUCUGGACGCAUCCGUUCAUCAACUAUGACUCCAUUAACUUCGGCGUAGCUGUGGAGAAAGGGCUGUUUGUUCGGGAGCCCAGCGGCGACCUGCCCGCUCUGGUUCGCUGGUGGAACGGCAUCGGAGGAAUCUUGGACUUCACCAACCCAGAUGCUCGUGAGUGGUAUUCCUCACAUCUGGCCUUGCUCAAAGACCGCUAUGACGUGACCUCCUUCAAGUUUGAUGCGGGAGAGACGAGCUACCUCCCCCGCCAGUUUAGCACCCUGCUCCCACUGUCUGACCCCUCCACCUUCACCCGCCGCUACACAGAGAUGGCGAUACCCUUCAGUGAGCGUGCUGAGCUGAGGGUGGGCUACCAGAGUCAGGACAUCUCAUGCUUCUUCAGGAUCAUUGACAGAGACUCAGUGUGGGGCUAUGAGCUCGGCCUCAAGUCAAUCAUCCCGACUGUUCUGACUGUUAGCAUUUUGGGCUACCAGUUUGUCUUACCCGAUAUGAUCGGUGGGAAUGCAUACCCAAACCACACUGCAGAUGGAACAAAUGGUCUGCCUGACAGAGAGCUGUACAUCAGAUGGUUGGAGCUGUCUGCUUUUAUGCCUGCCAUGCAGUUCUCCAUACCACCGUGGGCCUAUGACAAUGAGGUGGUACAGAUAGCACAGAAGUUCACAAAGCUCCAUGAAACUCUGGUGGCUCCCAGGGUGCUCGAACUGGCAGGCGAGGUUCUUGAUACAGGAGACCCAAUCAUAAGACCCCUCUGGUGGAUCGCCAAUGACGACGAGGCUGCCUAUAAGAUCGACUCCCAGUUCCUGAUCGGCGAUGACCUGAUGGUGGCUCCGGUGUUAGAGCCAGGAAAGCAGGAGAGGGACAUCUACCUGCCCGCAGGACGGUGGAGAAGCUACAAAGGGGAACAUUUUGACAAAGGCCCCAUGUACCUCACCGACUACCCUGUGGACCUGGAUGAGAUAGCUUUCUUUACAUGGGUUCAUUGAGGACACACAAACUCUCCCACACACGUAAUACGCACAUACAAAUGAAAACGUUGAGCACAUAUGCCAAGAAAUAGCAGGGGAUGUUUGUUAUUUCAAAGGGAAAUUACCACUAGGCAGUUACUUGUAAAAAGGGAUUUGUCUCCUCCAACUGUUUCUUUGUCUGGACGUCCACCCAAAGAAUCAAAAUUUGCUUCCAAUUCUCUUUUUGCACCCUAAAAAUAAUCUUCAUCCUCAUGUGCCUUCCACGAUCCCAGAUUGUAUCAUCACCGCAGUCUUCCAUGUAAUGGGCAUAUUAUUACCAAGCCUUGAAUGGCAUUGGUACAUUGACUGGAUUUUAUUUCAGUGUAGAUUAGAUAACAGGGCCGGGCAGGGAUGACUGAGAAGUUUUUUUUUUUUUUUUCUUUCUGCAGACUGGCAAUAAAUAUGCUCGCUGAGUUGGACGCGGGCACCCCCACUCAGAGGGCGUUCCAAGACCCGACGUCAAAUUCUUAGCUACCUAUGUUUAAGCUAACAUAAAUUCACAUUGCACUAACGGCUAAAUAUAACUCAAGUGUUAGUCGAUUGCGCUUCACGUUUAGUUGGUUAAUUUAUGGACAGUAUUUAAUGUAUGUAAAUAUGUGUGACUCUGAAGUUUUAAGUUAGGGGGGACACGAUCAACUAAUUCUUUGUCUUCACCUGUAGUGCCAUUCUGUCAGUGCCAAAAUCUACUGCUUUCUUGUCCAUACAAGUCAAAUUCACUGCUCAGGGUACAUUUUAAAAGAAAACGUUUAUGUUAGAAUAUUCUUUUUUUUGAUCCACAGUUGGAGAUUUAAUAUGCUACUAGUGCUAAUGGGUUGCCUUGUGAAAUGGUUAUUGUUCUCAAAGAUGCCAUAUUUUAACGUACCGUCCACGUCUGCCUUGUGACUUGAUUUGCCUUAUUAGCUAAACUAAGACGUAGCACAGAGAACCAGUGGAGUGUUAAAACGCUCUCCUGCUGCACACAGUUGAUGCGCCGCAACGUCUUUUAAGUGUUGUCUUUGCACACGGCAUGGGAAGCUUCAUUUCUGAAUUAGACUCUUGGCGGCUGAGUAUAUGUCUGUCUGCUCGUACAUGGUGAUCACUAGCACACAACUUUACAACUAAUAUAAAUGCCUUGCUUGAAAGUAAUUACACUGUAUGGAAUUGUUUAUAUGCAGACGUGUGAUGGUUUAAAGUGUCUCCUGCUGAUUCUGCUGGCUUUUGUUUGAUGAAACUAACUUGCUGCUGAUAGUUGGUAGUCUUUGUGUUGGGUUCUUAAAUUUGUAAACCUGCCACCAGAUAAUGCCAAAGUGUUCAAACUUUACACAGAGUCGUUUUUA